GCUUCCAUGCGGGUGUGCUGAGAGCGCGCGGUGUGCGCGAGCCCCGCGGUGUCCCACGGCAGAUCCGCUGGACGCCCGGGACGGUGGGGCUUUGUGCGAGCCGUUCCCACCCACUCGCGGGCAGCGAGAGAGCUGGGCUCCUCCAGGCUCCGAAACGGGGACUCGGCCGCAGCGACUCCCCGCUGUCUGGGGAGCUGAGGCGCCGCCAGGCUUGCGUUCCCUCCUCCUGGCAGUUCUUUUGUCCUGAUGAGUGCGGCGGACUAGAUGGGUUCUUUCUCACGUUACAGUUUAGCCCAUAGCUAUCGUGCACGGUUUCUGCGCUGAUCUGCGGGGAUUUCAAAAUUGACAGUCUGGCAGACCUUCGUCUAGAGAUGAUAUAUAGGAAAAAAAAAUGUUUAUUUCUUUGUGGGACUUCUUCUAUGGGCACUUUUUUCGGUUUUGGAUGAAAUGGCUCUUACGACAGAUGACUGGCAAGUGUGAAUUGCAGCGAAUUUUUGAUACCUAUGUAGGUGCCCAGAGGACACACAGGAUAGAAAAUUCCUUGAUGUAUUCCAAGAAUAAGGUUUUACAGGAAGCGACAUUUGCUGCUCAGAGUGAAGUGGACAAAUGUGUAGGAGACAUAAUGAAAGAAAAGAACAUUAACACUGAAAAGGACGUCAGCUUUAAAAUCUGCAUGAAGGCAUGCUUACUGCAGAUAACUGGUUAUAAGCAGCUCUAUUUGGAUGUAGAAGGUGUGAGAAAAAGACCGUAUGAUUCUGAUAACCCACAACACGAAAAGCUGCUUCUCAAGCUUUGGAACCUCCUAAUGCCCACAAAAAAGCUGAAGGCCCGGAUCUCCAAGCAGUGGGCUGACAUCGGUUUCCAGGGUGAUGACCCCAAAACAGACUUCAGAGGCAUGGGCAUACUCGGAUUAAUCAACCUUGUGUAUUUCAGUGAAAAUUAUACCCGGGAAGCCCAUCAGAUUCUUUCCCGCUCCAAUCAUCCCAGCUUAGGGUAUUCUUAUGCAAUAGUUGGAAUCAAUCUGACAGAGAUGGCUUACAGCCUGCUGAAGAGUGAGGCCCUGAAAUUUCACCUCUACAACUUUGUUCCCGGUGUGCCAACCAUAGAGCACUUCCACCAGUUUUACUGUUAUCUUGUCUAUGAAUUUGACAAGUUUUGGUUUGAAGAAAAGCCAGAAAGCAUUAUGUAUUUCAACAUAUAUAGAGAGAAGUUUCAUGAAAAGAUUAAAGGACUCCUACUGGAUUAUAAUGUGUCACUUACUUUAAAAAUAUGAAUCAUCCCUACUAACUUCUAUUUCUACCACAUUUUGCACACACAGCAGAAUUUAUAUGUUGUAAUAGAAAUUAUCUGAUCAAUGACACUGAUUAAAUGUAAUUUCCUACAAAAGUUUUUCAGAAAUUCUAUUUAAGGAAGCUACUGGACAAUCGGUGUAUGUUUACAGUCGUUUAUACACUGUCCUCCAAAGGCACCUUUUCCUUCCAAAGACCCCUCUGUAGAGUCACGGAAACUACAGUUUGGAACUUGGGACUUAGCCCAUUUAGUAUAAAAGUACAAGUCAGGUACUGUAUUUGUAUUAAAUUGGUUGAUAAAAUGUGUGAAUGUCAGUUUUCACUUUAUGUGUAUCUGUCAAGUUGGCAUCUUUGCAAAACUCUUAAAAUUUUUUUGUUGAGUUUGGACCUGCUAGUUCUUUAUUUUCUUUCUCUUAUUUGUAGGUUAAUUAGGAGGGGGGGGUGGUUCUUCCAGGUUCUUGUUUGAAUUUCACACAGAUGUCAGUGUGGCCUCAUCAGUAGCAAUAAGAGCACGGGUAUAUCGGGAUGAAGACACGUGGCCUCCAUUUUGGUUUGUCUGAUUAUUUAGCAUCACAGAUCAUGUUAGAACGACAGUAUUGGCGGCUAGCUUUUUUGUUUUUAAAUACCAUACUUUCAAAUAUUACAAUGUUAUUUUAAAGCUUAGAGACAGUUCCUCCUCGUCAGUCUUGGCUUUUUGUUAGUGGUGGAAAAGGACCAUGCAGGAAAGGGCCUGCAUGGUGUGAGAGGCCUUUAUGGGGCUGGCCCCACCUGCGUGAGCUUAUGAAGAAAGAGGUGUCUGCUGAGAACAUCUUGUCUGUAUUCAAAGGACAGUUGCUGUCUCAAUAAAGCUGUCUUUGAACUUAAACAGGAAGAAGACUUAAAGCAUUUUUAUAAACUUGGUUAAACAUUAUUGGUUUAUUUUAUUUACCGUUAACUCUCAGUCUCUGCUCUGACUCCACAGUGGAUCUAGUUGAUGUGUGGACUUAUGGGUAUUCUUUAACAAUCUGUGGGAUUCUCAAGUAGCCUGAGGAUGGUGAGGAUGCCUUCUGAAUAGCUUUGUUCUUCUAAAAUCUCAGGACGGCAGCAAGUGUGUUAAGGAUUAUACAGUGAUGAGAUUGUAAAGUGAACAGUUUCUUCUUUAGACAUUAGUUCUCGUAGCAAAACUCAAGUUUGAAGAUAAGUUCGUGUGAUUUCUAAGUUUCCUUAAAUCCUAUGGAAACCAGCUUGUCAAAGACAUAAUUUAAUCUGAAACACAAAGACGCGAGACUUUAAGUAUUUGUUCAUGUUUAUUAGCAAACCUCUCUUCAAACUUGCCAGAGAAGAGUGGUAAAAAAAUACUCGAUGGUAACGUAACAGCUGUGGUGUCGUACAGCACGUUAAAAGUGUGUGCAUUCGGGUCACAAUUUCCUCAAGGUAAACUAUUUUGAACAUUGGGUUCAUUUUAUUGCAGUCCUGGCAGUUUAGCUGUUCAUUCAGUAUUAGAGGAGUUACAACUGUGGUUUCUUGUAGGGGACUCAGCCUUGGGAGCGCUUUCAUUUUUUAGCUUGUUUUCCACUGCUUCGUUGUCCAGCUGGAGUUCUGCGGGAUGUGGCAGUGCCCUGCCGAGGGUCAAGUGCUGAUCAUUUGGUGUUUCCUUUCGUCAAGGCGCUUCCUCGUAUGGGAGAGCAAUUGUCUCUGAAUUUUUGUGCUGAAAACACUUGUAUUUUGACUUUUCCACAGCUGAGAUCUUGAACUGAUUUAAUCCUUUGUCAUGAUGCCUAAUAAAAGAACAACUCAAGUAUGGGGGGGCGGGGCGCUUUUUGAGUAAUUAAGUUUUUUCCCUUUCUAGGGAGAAAAAAAUCUUAAAUAUUUUUUUAAAUGUCAUUAGAAAGUUUGCUCUAAUAUGUUCUUUAGAUCCACUUCUGUUUGUACAGUACAGAUAGUGUUGUUUUUGCUUCAAAUAAUCAGUAACCAUUUCAGACAGUUCUAUGGCGAACUGGUCUAAGCCACCAAUGGAUUCUAAGGCUUGAAUCUGAAAGCCAAGCUCAAUGUCACCAGUUGUAAGUUAGAGUGUAACAUGCACCUUCUGACCUUUAUGUGAUAGUGACAUAGAUGAAAAGAGAAAUAUGAUAAUUGUGUCUGCCUUCCUACUUUUCCUUGCUCUCCACAUGUUAUGUUAGAAUUUUAUGUAGUCUUAAAAUCCAUGUUGAGAACCUUUCCUGUUUCUAUAAUAAUGAAUAAGUACCAAAGUACUGAUAGAACUUAAGUACCAGGAAAGUUAUGUUUGCUUUAGCAUCAGAAAAGUGAGUCAGUGUUGAAAUGAGGUUCUGUGUGUGCCAGACUGAAGAGCAUGUCCAGUGACAAGAACAGUCUAAAAACUAAUUAAACUGUUGUAGUUCACCUACUGUGUUCGGAAAGACAAUCUCUGAAGAACAGGGGUGGGGGUGGUCAGGGGAUACCAGUGAACCGAGACCAACCCCCCUUUGUAGAUGAGAGAGAGAAAAGUCAGGGUCUUCCUGGCCCCAUUUACAGUCUAGAAAACCACCUUUUUCUUGAGAACGCCCACUCUGAACUUUUUCUCUUUUAAGAGCUACUUGGAUUUGUAUGUAUUUUUCUGAGUCAAAACAUACGGACUCUUCAGUGUCCACAACGGUUUAUGUUUCUCUCCUUCGCGUUCAGUGAGGUAGAACUUGCGCAAAGCUUUGCUCAUUAUGUGAGAGUGGAAGUGGAAAAGCUGUGGCCAGGGCGGGAAGGAUCACACGCUGUCGUGGCCCCGAAGGAAGAGGUUCGGCUGGGAGGGAAACACUGCUUAUUACCCUUCUAGAAUUAAUGAGGGGGGCCAGCAGCUGUUUCUCAGGACAGAUGGCCCACCCGCAUUCUCUAUGAACAGGUCUGGGGAGGCUUAAUUUCUGUUUUCCUGUUUAUGAACCUCUCCACAUUAGCGAAUUUUUCACAAAAAUUAACGGACUUGUUAAAAUCAGAAAGAAAAUGUCAUGAGUGACCUUUUUCAUUUUUUUCCCCUGUCUUCAGCGUUUGAUAAGAAAUUUAAAUGUAGUUAGUGCAGGUAAGACCCAAGUAUUACAGUACUAUGUAUAAUAGGGCGAGUCUAUGUUUCUAUUUAAGUAUUCAACAAAUAUUUAAGCAGUAGUUGUCCCUGGGGGGCGGAAGUCUUGGCUGGCAACUUAAAGAAAUAGAUUUUUGUCUACUUUGGAUAAAGCAAUUAAUUUCUUAUGUAAAAGCAAUAGCUGAGAUGUGAUGUCACAUUGUUCGGGAAUGCUGUAAGCAAAUAAAAAACGUUGAAACUUUUA